AUGCUAACACCCCACGUAAAAAGUAACUCGCCCGUUAUAGUGCCCUCUACAUUCAAGCUCUACUUCAACACUGAGUUUACCAGCUGUUACAGAGCCCCCGGGUCCUGUCUGCUAGGCCCAGACGGGCCCUGGCAAGCGCUCGUCCUCAACUUUGGCAGCGGAAUCAACUUGCUCCCGCUAUACCCCCGAUUCGAGACCUACGGGACCACGGUUCUCACCACUGGCGAGGACAGGUAUAACUCGUCUACAUUGUCGACGUCGCGUAAGACGGGUCUGCAGUUCCUAGAUGACUGGGCCCGCUACGCUGCCGAUGUGCGCUCCUUUGUCAACCAGAGCUACCCGAUCUCUGGAGCAAUGACGCCGUACUUCGACGACAUGCAGCUAGCACGGUCAUUGUCGCCAGAUCCGAGGUUCAACUCGACCUUGUUCGCCGCAUACGAUUGGAACUACAAGACGGUCAACGGCUCGUCGUAUACCCCGCGGGUUGGACUAUGGGGGCUACGGGGAGUAGAGGGGCCCGAGACCGGAGACGUCAAUGCGAGCAACAUCUUGCCCCCCGGCCCGCUAGAACAGCUGAAAUCCCACGGCAUCAUUGGCACUGAGACGGUGAGUAUGAAUCUCGCCAGCGCGAGGCUUGAGCAAAGGGCCUCUUUUAUACUCGGCGGCUACGACGAGAGCAGAUUGCUUGGUCUGCCUGGCGCUUGGCCACUCUAUGCAAAUUCUCAUGGGGAGAUUUUGCUGCGAGACCUGAGGCUGGGUGUUGAGGAAGGCGGUUCGCCUUUCAAAAACGACACAGCCGUGACCAAAGACGCGCCACUGAGCAUAUGGCAGGGGCUGGGCGGCGACGAAGCCGGCAUCCGCUCCGGCAAAGCUCAGGGCGCCGCCGAAGGGUCCGCCAGAGUCUACGUGGAUGCCGGCGCGCCGUCGAUAUACCUUCCUCGGGGCAACUGCGAGGUGGCAGCAAAGCACCUACCUGUAACUUGGCGAGACGAUAUAGGAUAUUACACCUGGAAUGUGGACGAUCCCCAAUAUAAGCAAAUCGUCUCCUCGCCCGCAUACUUGGGUUUUGUGCUCGCCACGCCAGAAGCUAAAAACCUCACUAUCAAAGUCGCAUUCGCGCUGCUCAACUUGACACUAGAGUCCCCCAUCGUUUCCACUCCUACACAGUACUUUCCAUGUCACUCGACCGGGUCCGCGAGUGGGACCUGGUUGCUUGGCCGUGCAUUUCUGCAGGCUGUCUUCUACGGCGUCGAUUAUGAGAAGAAGCAGCGAUGGAUUGGCCAAGGGCCGGGUCCUGGUCAGCAACAGAUGAUAGUGAAGACAUGGCCGACGGGUACAGAUACAUUUCAGGCGAGUCCUGCCGACUCUUACGCAUCGACCUGGCGCAAGCAUUGGACAGUGCUUCCGGAAGAAAGUAAUGAGACAUCAACCCAGAAGCCUGGAAAUCAAACUUCUGGUGGCAGCGGCCUUUCUGGUGGUAUAAUAGCCGGUAUCGCGGUAGGCUCCGUUGCGUUGCUGGCAAUCUUGGCUGGAGCGUUGUGGUGGUGGUUCAUGCGAAAGCGGCGCAUUGCGGUGCAUACCAAGGAAGGAGGCAAGGGGAUGAGCCUUGACCAGCGACACGAGCUGGGCAUUGAGCAGCGAGAGCGGCACGAGCUAGGCCCUGAGCAGCGACAUGAACUGGGUGCUGAGCAGCGACACGAACCGCCGGUGCAGAGAGUAGUGCACGAGAUGCCUGGGUCGACGCCGGGUCCCAUCCAAGUUGAGACUAGGAGACCGGCAGGCGGCGGAAACUCGUCAGAAAGAACAUAA